AUGCAUGAGCUUUUAACGUCACUAAACAGUAAUGGGAAGCCACAACAUGGGUUCAUCAAUGAAAUUGCGAAGAAGUACGAUUUGCAUAGGAGGACAAUCGAAAGGAUAUGGAGACAGAUUCGGGAUCAAAAAAAAAAUGAAGUUCCAAUUAAUGUCAACAAUAAGAAGACAGGGACCAAAGGAAGGGCAUCAAUCCCCUUUGAUGAAAACAAAUUCAAAUCAAUUGAAAAAGUGAAGAAGACAACUUUAAGAUCACUAUCAAGGGCCAUGGGAGUUAGCCACACCACAGUAUGCAGAUGGAAAAAAAAAAAGUACUUUCGAAAGCACACCAACGCAAUUAAACCGUUACUUACAGACAAAAAUAAACUCGACAGGUUAAUUUUUUGUCUUAGUAGUUGCAUUUUUGAUGAGCAAACAAGCAACUUCACAUUUAAUGAGAUGUCAAAUGUAGUCCACAUUGAUGAAAAGUUGUUUUAUAUUACAAGGACACAACAAACAUUUUAUCUAACUCAAGAUGAAUUAGAGCCACAUAGAGAAAUCCAAUCUAAAAGAUUUAUCCCCAAGAUCAUGUUUAUGUGUGCUGUUGCAAGACCAAUCUUUUCUAGUUAA